UAUUUACUUCCAUGGGUGAUUGUCGUUUUGCUUCUCUUUUUCUUUUCCUACAUAAACCAUAAACUAAAGGAAGCUCAAUGGAAGCUACAUGCAUGUAGAAUCUGCAACUCUACUAGUCUUCUUCUUUGAAUUUUCUGGCUUUGCCCUUAGAAAUUCUCAAGGAGAAAAAUGGUUUUGGUUUACUAUAUAUACUUAUAUAUGUGUGUGUGUGUGUGUGUGUUUGUAUGAUGCAUAUAAAUUUCUAGUCUGGCUUUGUUUUAACACCUCAAAAGCUUGCCCUUGUUUCUAUGAAUGAGAGCUGGUAUGUCCACUAAUACUAAAACCCUAAGUAGCAAUUGUUCCGGCGAAGACGACAGUGAGCUUAGGAGAGGGCCAUGGACUCUUGAAGAAGACCGUCUUCUUAUUCAGUACAUAGAGCGCCAUGGCGAAGGCCAGUGGAACUUGCUUGCCAAACGUUCAGGAUUAAGGAGAACUGGCAAAAGUUGCAGAUUGAGAUGGUUGAAUUAUCUGAAACCCGACGUUAAGCGAGGCAAUCUUAGUCCUGAAGAACAGCUCUUGAUUCUUAACCUCCACUCAAAAAUGGGCAAUAGGUGGUCGAAAAUCGCGCAGUAUUUACCGGGAAGAACAGACAAUGAAAUCAAGAACUAUUGGAGAACAAGGAUGCACAAACAAGCCCGGCAUCUCAACAUCGACAUGAAAAGCAGAGAGUUUCAAAAUAUGAUAAGGUGCUUUUGGAUGCCUAGGUUGAAGCAGAAGAUAGGAGGAGAAACAUCGAUUUCUUCAGCUGUGUUAAACCAAAAUCCUACGAUUUCGCAGCCUCUCGAAAACAACACUGUCCAACAUCUAACGGCAACAGUAUCCCAGCCACCACAAAUCCUAGUGCUGGAAGAAAUUAAUAUGAGUGGAACAAUGUACAAUUUGGAUGUCGAAAAGCAAAACACAGAGGCAGAUUACUGCACAAGUUCAUGCAUUUUCCCUUCAGAACCAGUGGACAUGUCGAAGACUGCGCAAUUUCCGGAAUGCCCUCCUUUCUAUUGUGGUGACAACAGUGGCAACGACAUGGAAUCCUUAAAUCUGCAGGAAUCUGUGUCAGCAGACUCAGCACCAAAUUUCCCUGGAAAUUCCGCCGGCGAUUGCUACGUGGCAGAAAACAACUGGUUUGACAGUGAUUUUUUCAUGUAGCAUGUGGAACAUGGAUGAAAUGUGGCCAAAUGGGAAGUUGUGACUCAUACAAAUUAGUUUAUAUAUCAUUUCAUCAAGUGUUAAGCAGCUAAUUUUCUACCCAACACACAAAAUUGUACAAAUAUUGUUAGUACUGAAAAUGGUAUGGUUAUGAGACAA